AUGACUAAUCCCACUUCCAACACUGAUGGAGAUAACCCCUCUCCUGCUCCCACCGUACUUCCAUCUCCUAUUGUGACCUCCAUGCCCGUUGUCAUCAACAUCAAAUUAGAUCGAUCUAACUAUCCACUCUGGCUACCACAGAUCGUUCCCAUCCUGAGAAGUCAAAACCUCAUGGAGUUUGACGACGGUACCUGUGUCUGUCCAUCACCCACUCUUACUGGAGGCACUGCGGCCAAAACUGCAUACUCUACCUGGAUUCAACAGGAUCAACUGAUCCUUAGUUGGAUCAAUAGUUCCCUUACACCAUCCGUGUUGUCUACUCUAUCUAGAAAUCAGAAUGCUCACACAUCCUGGCAAGCCUUAGAGAGUAGAUAUGCCUCCACGUCCCAGAACAGGAUUUUGCAUUUGCGAAAUGAAAUAUUCAGAACCAUGAAGGGUGAUUUGUCUAUCAAUGACUACCUCGAUCAAAUGAAUGCCAGUGCCGACAACCUGGCUCUUGCUGGAAAGCCAGUCAAUGAUGAUGAACUUGUUCAGAUUAUUAUGAACAGCCUUGGUCCAACUUAUGAUAUGAUUGUCAGUGCAGUUCAAACUCAUGAUACACCUAUCACUUAUGAUACUCUUGAAGCUCUUCUCUUGACGGCUAAACGUCAGAUGGUGGAGCAAGUUGUUCCGAUGCCGAAGAAUGGACCAUCGGCUUUUGUUGCUACUUGUGGACACGGUGGUUUCCAUCCUCGAAACUUUGGACGUGGUGCUGUUUUGCCCACUCGUGAAGGCUUUCCAAACCAGCGAGGAGGUUCUUCUCGUGGUACUUUGUCAACUCAGCAUACUACCAAUUUUGGGGAGUCUUCAGCAUCGGCUACUCCAAGAAUUGUUUGCUAG